CGUAGUCGAGGCGAUCUAUCAGAAGGAAUUAAAUCUUUUAUACUUACAAAGAGGCGAGUGAAUAAGUAUAAUCAUGCUCGUCAAAAAAAACAUAAUGGAUCUCUCACGUCCUUCCCUUCUCUCACGUCCAACUCUUAGGGGAGGACAACUACGCCAGAUAAUUUCCAUGCACAACUCGAAAAACUGAAAUGACGUUGAUGAGUAGAAGGUAAAAAUGGUAAGUGGGGAGAAUUAACACGACUACUUAAGUAAAGGGAACAGGUAGACCGCCAGCAGAGUUAACCAUAACAAGUCUUCAACUUGUAGGAGGCCCGUGUUCUACUCACUCAUACUUAUAAUUAAAGACCAGAACUCAGGGAGUACUUAAGUAUACCACCUCUGGGGUCUGAGAUCAGAAGUCUUGCACCAGUUACCGGACUACUCGCCUAUCUCUUAGUUAGAUCUAGAUGUUAUUUCUGUUUUUCGAUUAGCAGAGAGGAUGAUCUAUCAGAAGGAAUAUUCUAACUGCUAUUUUUAUAGAGGCGCUCAAAAUAGCACUAUGCUCGUGGAAAUAAAUAAGGUAAAGAUCAUCUCUCUCGUACAUGGGAGGGAACAAUAGAUACAAAAAAGCAAGAACAUCAGGAACCAUCGAAUUGAACAGGAAACCUUGAAUCAGGAAUCUUUGAUGAGAUCAAUUCAUGGAUAAAAAGUUACAGUCUGUCUUGCGUAGCCGGCAGAGGCACGACUGCUGUGACACGGCCACGAUAGCCUACAUGAGAGGUCGCCGACGUCGCCCAUGCAUCUGUGUCUGUAAGUGACUGCGAGUGCGAGUCCUAAAUAUGGGAUUAGAAAAGUAACCAUGGAUUUUGUCAGGCCGACUGAAU